GGCCCCUUCAUCCGCUCUAGCAGCAGCGAUCCUUGCGACGACACUAACUGGACGCACUGUUGCUAUUCCUCAGCCCCGUCAACGAUCGCUUUCCGAAAGCGAUUCGGCCUGCGUGGAACAAGAAUGCUUUGAGCCGUAUGCGACAGUUGCACAGCUCAGAAUGGGGCCCAACUGGAAACUGGAUGGUAGUGAAGAAUCUCAUAUACAGUCCCUAGAAAUAUCAGACAAUUAUUGUGAGGAUGAGGAGGACAUGGAUACCUAUCUUUCAGACAAAGAGGCAGAGUCUAGCUGUCACAGUAAUGGGAAGAGGGGAGAAGGCGAUAGUACCAAUGCCAUUUACGCAAUUCCUUGCAAAAAUAAAAAGGAGGAGUUUCCACUACUCCAUAGUACUAAAGUUGAUGAGAAAGAAGCAUCUUCUCACGAAACAGAGUUUAAGGUGCCAGUGGACAAGUCAAAUGUGCAAGUAGAAGAAAAUGAACCUCUUAGUUUGAAUUUAAAGAAAGAAAAAUCAUCAGCUGAAAAUCUGCUAAGCGAGAAGCCUCCACCAUCCCCAGAUAUAUCUAUUCGGUCAAGGAAAGCAUGGGGCACUAUGACAAAAGAAAAGUUCAGAGAACUAAAACAAGAAAACUGGACUCUAAAUAGUGCAUGUCAGGCUUUAGCCCAAAGAGUUGAAGAAACAAAACAGCAAAUGGAAGAAUUGCUGCUAAAACUGAAGAGCCUGGAAAAAGAAAACAGAAAACUUAAAGAAGCUUCAGAGAUGCAAAGAGAAGAGGAGGCUGCAGAAUUGCUUUCUUUAAGAGAACAAGCACAAGAACUGGUAGAUGAGAACGAUGCUUUGAAAAUGACUGUCCAUCGUUUGAAUGUAGAGCUAAGUCGCUAUCAAACAAAAUUCAGGCCCUUGUCCCAAGAAGAGCAUCUAAAACUAAAAAGUUUACCUAUGAAAGGACCACCACCUCCAUGGCUGUUGGAUAUGAAAUAUCUGUCACCACUCCUGUUGGCCUAUGAGGAUAGGCUAAGAGAAAAGGAUGAUCUAAGUCUUGCACAUGAGGAAGAUAUGAAGAACUUUAAAAUGCGUGUUGAAGAACUGGUGAAGGAGAAUGAAGAUCUGCAUGAACAAUUAAAUAAAAAUAAUUUUAUUACUGCUACAGAAUGGCACCAGCUGCAAACGCAGGCCAAAUUAGUGUUGGAAGAAAACAAGGUGUUGAUGGAGCAACUUGAAAUUCAACAAGCAAAAGCAAAAGAUAAUCACAAACAGCAUGUUCAGGAAGUUUCAAAAUUGACUAAAAAAAUGAUAAUCCUAGAAGAUAAGAAAAGGAGUCAAGAUGAAGAAAUAGCAAAGUACCAGAAGCAGUUGGAAGCUUCGCACACUACUUGUGAAGAGCUGAAAGCCAAGCUGGAUAGUAAAGUAGCAGCAGAGGAGCACUUUGCUUUGGUGAAUGAUUUGAAAAGUCAUUUACAACAAGAACAGGAGAAAAAGCAUUGUGAGAUGAAAGAUCUAAGGGAAAAGAUAGCAUCGUUACAAGCUCAAAACAAGAAACUGCUUUUAGAGAAAAAUAACUUCAUGGCUGACAACAAGAUCCUAGAAACUGAACUGGAAAUGAAACAAAAAACAAACAGGCAAUUAAAGAAGAAAACGGUUUUUCUGAAACAACAGUUGGAAGAAGCUAUAGAAAAAGAGGUUGCAGCCCAUCACUAUCUAACAAACCUUAUUGGUUUGGUGGAGAAGACAGCUCAGGAACGUGACCAUCUUAUAUAUUUGGCCAAGUGUUUGGAAAAUGAGAAUCACGGUGUUCUCAACAAAAUAGUAGAAGGCAGUCUGCGCUUAGGAAGAUUAGAAGAAAAAGUUAAGGUAUAUAAAAAGAAAGCAUCUGAAAAGCUUGGAGAUAUCAGUCUCAAAAUGACUGAGCAGAAGAGAGAAUUUGCUGGGAAGACUGCUCAGUACCAGCAAGAAAUGAAACACCUUCAGCGUUUGCUGCAAGACAAACAGGAAACCCUCGAUGAAGUGCUGCAGCAGAAAAGGCAAGUGGAAGGUGAACUUGAAGUCAUCUGGGAAUCUACAUCCAAAGAAAACAGGAGAAUGAGAGAACUCUUACAUAAAUCUCUGGAGAAAAACAACAUGUGGAAUACUGUCAGAGCUCAUGAGCCAUACUUAGAUGACGUUAAGAAAGACCUAGUUUAUGGACAUGAUUUUAGCUAUUGUGAUGUGAAACCAUCAUCAGUUACAAAUGAAAUCCAACAAGAAUGUCAGGGGUAAGAACAAGUGUGCCUUAUGCAUCUCAUCCAAGAAAAGAGUCUGGAGAAAGAAUUCUAUUUUAUUUUCUCAACACGACAAAUGCAAUAGAAUGGCAUGCACCCUCUUCAGAAAGUCUCUUAUAUGUUUACAUUCAAAGACCUAAUAUCAAGAAAUCUAAGAAAAUUACUAAAUAAAGUAUGACCAAAGUGUGAUCAAGUUUUGAGGGUAAAAAAAAAGAAAACAAAAAGCCAGUCUGUUCUUUGUUCUUUACUGGUGAUCAAGUAUCUUGACAGCCUAAGAUUCAAGAAUAUCCUCACAGAGGCUUGCCUGACAAAAUCUCUUCUUACCAUUUUAAGGACAGAGAAAACUUUUGAAAAUGUUUCAGUUUUGUCUUCCCAAGUGCCUUAAGGACAGCUGGUGGUGGCUGAAUGUACAACUGUCUACCAAGUAGACUUAGGGGAGCCCAACAGUCACCCUGUUCUCUACCCUGGUUUUGCCAAGGGGACCAGAUGUCAGCAGAUUACACAGUCCUUCAGACUGAAGGGCCUUCUCCCUUUAGAUUCAACAGUGUUGCAGAAAGCCUUUAAAGUGUUUUUUUACUAUUAUUUUUAAUUCUCUGUAGCAUUUUCUGCAGCAGUGCCAGCCUUCGGAUUAAUACAAUGUGUAUCUGUUAUAACUGAUGAUUUUUCA